CUUUUGUUCUUCCCCCUCACUCCAAUCCAAUCCAACACUCACUCUUCACUUUAACUACAGUCUCUCUCUCCCUCUCCCUCUCCCUCUCCCUCUCCCUCUAAUCUCCAAACCAUAAAUCUACCUCACAAAAUGGCAACCACCACCCUGUCAACCCUCACCCUCCGUUCUUAUCCUACACCCUCCCCUUAUCCCACGCACUCCCGCACCAAACCCUCCCUCCUCUACUUGCCCCUCACCCGCCGCGCCACCCGCUUCCGCCCCAUCGUUGCCGCCGUCGCCGCGCCGGAAAUAAUCGAGAAGCUUGGGGACGAAAUCGCGAACCUCACGCUAGAGGAGGCAAAGAGCCUCGUCGACCACCUGCAGGACAGACUCGGGGUCUCCGCAGCCGCCUUCGCACCCGCCGUGGUUGCCGUCCCCGGCGGAGCGGCAACCGGUGACGCGGGCCCUGCAGCUGUUGAGGAGAAGACAGAGUUCGACGUGGUGAUCGAGGAGGUGCCUUCCAACGCCAGGAUCGCGGUGAUCAAGGCCGUGAGGGCGAUGACGAGCCUGGCGCUGAAGGAGGCUAAGGAGUUGAUCGAAGGGUUGCCGAAGAAAUUCAAGGAAGCAGUUUCCAAGGAAGAGGCUGAGGAUGCUAAGAAGCAGCUAGAAGAAGCGGGUGCCAAGAUUAACAUCGUUUAGCAUUGUGGUUUGCUUUGUUUACUCUGUUCCUUUUUAGUUGAGUAUAGUAGCAUAACCUGAUAUGCUGUUAUUAUUUUGUAAUGGUUCCAUUUGAAUUGAAAUUGUAAUGAGAUUAAAGGAUUUUUAUUUUGCCUUUUUUAAAUGCAUUUGAGGUGUUUGUAGAAAUGGGGAUGAUGGGUUUUUAUUCUAAGAUUGAAUUGUUGAUUUUCAUUAGUUUAAUAUUUUUGUUAUGGAA